AUGCACAUCGGUCCAGUACGCCACCGGUCCAGUGUGCAUUGUUCCAGUGUGCGCCGUUCCAGUAUGCACAUCCAUUACGCAUCUCCAUUAUGCAUACGUGCUGCUCGAUAUUGGCGCAUGAGCAUCCAGAUGAUCGACAGAUUGGCCCUAACAAGCAUUUCGACAAGCCCGACUCUGGAGUCCUUGAGGGAAUCCGAGUGGAUAUACUUGGUAGUGUUGAGCUUGACUCCUUGGGAUGGAUAUCCGUCCACUUACGGCUCUGUGGCCCACGGAAACACAGUAGGAUCUAUUGUCCUAUCGUCCUAUCUGUGUCUAACCGAAAGCCACGCAAUAUACGAGUAA